UAAACGCGCUGUGUUGCUCCGGUGCACCGGGAGUUUUUCAGCUCGCGCUGGUCCUCACGCCGGAGCAACAUGGCGGCGAGCGCGCGCAUCUCCGAGUCUACAGUCAGUUCUGCAGGAGGAACAACAGCUUUCCGUCAGGAUCCAUAAAAUACACACACACUAACACACACACACUAACACACACACCGGAACUCCGGUCUGAGAGCGGCGGAGCCUCGCGCCAACAUGAGCGACUGUAAUACAGAGGUGAGGUUUUGUCCGUCUCUGCCCUCAGAGCGUGUUCUCUGCUCCGGCGCCGUCACGUUCCCCGGUGUGUUCGAUCAGCUCGGAUGUGCGCUGGUCAUUUUUCCGGCUGAAUUUCAGAAUAAACUGCUGUGUGAUGUCACUAAAGAGGAAGUGGCCGAGUUUGUGUUUUACUGUCUGCGCCUGCACAAUAAGAGCAGGUCGGAGUGUUUGGUGUCGGUGGUCGCUGAUCUGAGAGAAGCUUCACUCGCCGUGACCAGACGCAUCGCUGAAAUCCUCCUCCUGCUGCAGCUCCACAAGCGCACCGUGCUCUCCUUCUACGCCGUUCAGCCCAAAAAGCGAGACGUCCAGAAGCUGCUGCAGAAACUCCUGAAUCCGUCCAAACGCUCGACGAUGACGACGACGCCGGCGCCGGUUAAGUGUGUUUUCCUCAGAGAAGUGUUCGAGCUGUGUAACUACGUGGAUCGCAGUCAGCUGACCGCUAAUCUGGGAGGAUAUUUUAUCUACAGCCACGAGAGCUGGGUUUCCUUCAUCAAAGAGAUGGACAGUUUUGUGCAGGAGUUUGUGGCUGUGGUGAGGAAGUUGCCGGUGUGUAUCAGCGCUCUGCAGGAUUUCUCUAAACUCUCCGUUCCUACUGAGUACGAAUCUCUCGCUGUUUUCUGCUCGACCAAUCAGGCGCGACUGGAGCACCUUCGCAGAGAUCUGGGUCUGGAUGCCUUGUUGAGGAGGUGUGAGUGUGUGUUGGAGAAGUUUCGUUACCCUGAGAGGGAUCCGUGUUACCAGGCCAUGGUGGGAACGGUUCUCUUCACACACACUGCUCUGGAGAUGCUGCAGAACUAUGACCGAAUCCGGGCGGCGGUGGAGAAAGUGGAGUUGCUGUGGAGACGUGUUUUCUCCAACGCUCGUCUCCGACUGCACGUCCUCCAGCUUCAGAAAGAUGCACAACAGGUUGUGUGUGAGAUGGAGCGCGUUAUGCAGAAGAUGCAGUCGUACACACCUGAGACACUUCGUGACUCUAACAGAGCCGAAACACUGCGGAUGGAGUUCAGCACGUCUGUUUACACACACGCGGCGGUGCUGGUGCGUCGUGCUGAGGAUUUGUUAAACACUGUAUCAGAGACGGUGGUUUUCAGACAGAGCCGUGAAGGACACGAGUGGAUAAAUGAGCUGGAGAAACAGACUGACCAGCUCAGAGCAGUCAUGGAGUUACAGAACAGGAACCUGAACACCAUCUGCACCUUUCAUCACUGCUACCAUAAAAUCCAGAAGUGGUACCAUGUGGCAGUGUGUGAGAGCUUCCUACAGGAUCUGCUGUGGAGAACUUGCUCGAACAAACAUGACAAUGAGGAAACUCUUCUCUCGCAAAAGCAAAGUGAAGUGUUAUCUGUGAUUGAGGAGUUUCUCAGGUUGCAUCCUCCUCCUGAACUGGAUGAGCUAAUGCAGUUAGCACACCUGGCUAAAAUCAUACCUGAUACACACCUGGAGAAUGCAGGAAAGCAGCUUGCACAGAGGUGUACGAGUUUACGCAAGUUGUUGAUAUCUCCUGGUUCUGCGACAUUUCGUGACCUGCAGCUGGCUCUGCAAUGGCAGUACGAGUAUCUAAAGGGCAAAAAUGAAACUGCAGAUUCAACCUCUGACCUUCAUACUCGGAAAAAUAUUUGUGCCCAGAAUGGACUUAGAGAUUCAGACUUCUUUCCAUGCUCUGUAAAUGGCAACGGUUUGACAAGACUUGAUGGUCCAAAUUAUCCUCUGCUACUUCAGUCCGGAGCAAAGCCACCAUCUCUCAGCUCCUUUGAUUCCGGGUUUGACGGAGCAGGAAGUGGACAUCUUGAAACAGGAGGUGGGAAGACGUGCCAAGAUGAGGCAUCCAGACCAAAAUCUACUCAUCUGCAUGUCAGUGAGGAGAAUGUUUCCAGCAUAUCUGAGGGUCUUACUGAGGAGAAAUCACUUGGAGCCCCAAGUAUCCGCAUCAUUCCAAAUGCAAGUGGCAACUCUGUAAACUUCGAGAUCACAGUGAAACGCUCAGCCACGCUUCCCAAAAACCCCUGGCUGAGUCUUCCUGUAGAUGAUCUGGAGAAUUGCUACACUGUGAUCAUCUCUCCCAGCCAGCAAAGGGCGACUAGAAGCUGCGAUCAGUUAACGCAGACCACCGAUACAAGUGUGUGCGAUUUUCAGGAUCAGACCACCGAGUGGAGCCCCAUGCACAACGUUCUCUCAAGCACGAUUACCGAUGGAGGGCAUGGAGCUGAAACAUCGGAGAGCAUGCCCACUCUCCUCUGGGACUCGUAUGACCUCCAUGACCUCAUGCAUGACUCUGAUAGCAUGUUGCUCGGCGAGUCGGCGUGUGAAUGGGAAAUGAAAGAGCAGCAAGAGCUCCGGGCCGUGGAGGAAACGCUGAGCCGAGCAGCUGGAAUCCUGCAAGAGGAGGAGAGCGUUCUUGCUCAGGAGGAGAUCUUGGAUGUCCUACUGGAAUCAGACAAUCCAGAUAGAUUGUGGCCUUCAUGGAGCAAAGAUUGUCAAUUUACUCAGAUGACAUCCAGUGACUUGGCUGAAGCAGGUGUGAUUGGAUUGGAGGACGAUCUUGACGCCCUGAAUUUUGGAUAUGAUGAUAUUUUGCCUCAGGAAAGUCCAAGAGUUAUUCAGAGUGAUAGUGAUCCUCCUUCAGAACCAGGUUCUGACCCACUCCUUCAUCUUGAACCGAAAAAUGGAGGUCCUGAUAGAUUGGAGCUUUUGAAGGAGAUAGAAAAUCUGAAGGUCUUAGAGGAAAAGAUUGUUGAGGAGAACCUGAAAAUCAAUGAGCUGCGUCACUGUGAAUCUGAGGAAAGAAUGUCCUCUCAGAGCCUCAGUGAGGACAAGAAGAGGUUCCUUGAGAAACUUGAGCAAGAGAAGAAAGAAGUGGAGGAGAUGGAGAGGAACCUGAGCAGGGAGAUGAAGAAAAGCAAGCUAAAGCGUCCGAGCAGGAGUCGUAAAAUUGUGACCUGUUCCAUAAUGGGAAGAGCUUCAGUGUUGAAGGAUGAUGAAGCUCUUCUGAUGAACUGCAGAAGAUCAGCACAAGAUGCACAAGUCCUCAAUCAUGGGCAGCCAUGUUUAGAGGAACCCACCAACCAUCAACCUACAGACUUGGCUACAGACAAUCAUGUUCAGCACAAAUGUUCAGAUCCAGAAGCGUCAAUCAGUUCUAAAUGUUCUAAUGUAGCUACAGAUUCUUCAACCAAUGACUGCUUAAACACGUGCUUAACUUCUCAGGAUCAGCAGAAUAUUGACUCUACUGAUUCAUCCAUAUCAGUCACUGUGCCUUCUGUCAUGGCAGAUGGUGUUUUCCGACAUGAUGUUGAGACAAAAGAAAUGUCAGACUUGGUAUCUUCAGUCACAGAUCUUUCUGAAGCUCAAGAUCCUGCUAUUAGAGAACUGAAAAAUCUAUCAGAGCCUCUUGAUACGAGAGAACAGACAUGUAUGCACUUGGAUCCUUCAGAAACCUUAGACACAAGUGAACAGUGUAAUGAAGAUCCCAAGGUGGAAACUUUAACAUCAGAGGAAGUAUCGUCUCCUGCAUUCGAUCCUGGUGGUCCAACACCUCUUCCUCAAACACCUAGACUGGAUAAACAGAUAAGCACAGAUUCUGAAGAAAAUGCAUCUGGUGCUAUAAAUCAGACUGCCAUUUCCACACCUUUGGCGUCAUCUGUUGGUCCAAAUCCAAAAGAACGCAAAAAUCCUCCAUGUAGAACAUCACCAAUAGAGCUCCAACACCAUAAUACCAACAAUAACAACCUUCACACUGUGGAUCUUAAUGUUGGUGUGGCGAAUGUGCCUGAAGAACCUGCAAAUUCUGAAUGUAUCAACAGAGCUGAAGAUCAAAAACCAGAGGCGUGGUGUGACGGUCCGAUCUCCAGAACUCAAUCGCCUCUGCUUGAAACGUCAGAGUCUUGUGGAUCGGUGGAGAACAAUGAGGCGGAAGUUCAAGUUCAUCACGCUGACAGUUCAUUAACGAGACGUGUCUGCAGAUCACCGGUCCAGCAACAGUUUCAGAUCUGCACUAGAGAGAUGAGUGAUUUUCAGACCCCUGUGGUGCUGGACAUCGGUUCCAGUUUGGUGAAAGCCGGAUUUGCUGACCAGGACCUGCCCACCACCAUGUUCCCCACCGCUAUUGGCCUGCCCAAGUACGAGGAGGUGAUGAGUGGCAGUGUGGCGCGCGGUGUGUACGUGGGACACGACGCCCAGCACAUGAGGGGUGUGUUAACGCUUCAUUACCCAAUGAGGAACGGCAUCGUGUCCAACUGGGAUCAGAUGGAGAUGAUCUGGAGUCAUGCCUUUGAGCAGUUGCGUGUGUGUAGUGAGGAUCACCCUGUGUUGCUGACGGAGGGAGCAAUGAGCACACACGAGAGCCGCCAGCGUUCCAUCCAGCUCAUGUUCGAGUCCUUUAACGUUCCACUUGCGUACAUGGCGAUGCAGCCUGUACUGGCACUGUACACAACGGGCCGGACCACUGGCGUGGUGUUUGACUCCGGAGACGGUGUGAGUCACAGCGUCCCCGUGUUCGAAGGUUACUGUCUCCCUCACGCUGUUCAGCGCUUUAAUCUGGCAGGAGCCGACGUCACGCUGCACCUCAAACAGCUGCUGACGGAGCAGGGUGUGUGCAUGCGGACGUCGGCCGAGAUGGAGAUUGUGCGUGAGAUCAAGGAAAGAUGCUGCUGUGUGGCUUUAAACUAUGAGGCGGAGCUUAGUGGAGGAGGCGGGGCCAGUGCACAGGUGCAUUACACUCUACCUGACGGACAUAUGGUCUCCUUGACGACGGAAAGGUUCAGAGCGCCGGAGAUUCUGUUCAAGCCGGAGUUGAUUGGUCAGGAUUAUUAUGGGAUGCACGAGAGCAUUUUCAAAUCGGUUCUCCAGUCGGACAUUGACCUGCGCAGGGACUUGGUGGGAAAUAUUGUCCUCUCAGGUGGAAACACCUUGCUGACUGGGCUUCCUGAGCGUCUGCAGUGUGAGAUCAGUCGUUUGGCCCCUGCAGGUUUGGGUGAGAGGGUAAAGGUCACGAGUCCUAGAGAUCGGGAUUUCUCUGUGUGGAGAGGAGGAGCUAUACUCGCCAGCAUGCCGUCAUUCUCCUCUGCCUGGAUCAGUCACGACGAGUACGACGAAUUUGGACCCCAGAUUGUCUUCAGGAAGUGUUUCUGAGCCGGUCUACAGGACCUGCUUCAGAGCGGAGACCUUUCAGAAAAGCCAAAUGGGAAGUGCUUCAGACACGUUUUCUUUUUUUUUUCUUAAGGAAUGUGAAGAAUUUUGCUACAAAUCAUCUUCAGGAAAGGUGCACUCUCACCGCGAGAAGUCUCUACAGGGUUCUCCUUCUUCACGGAAGGGUUUUCUGGAGGCUACCUUUUCUUGAAAGGAGUCUGAAGGGUGCACUUAUUUACGAGAAGGAGUCUGUUAGGUAGACCUUCUUGCUGGAAGCAGACUCCUUCAGGAUGCACCUUGUCGCUGUGGGGUUCCUUGUUGCUGCUGGUGUCCCUGGGAGUGCUGAUUAAGGUCUGUAGACCUCCUUCACCAUGUUUCUAAACACCCUUUUUGGGAAGGAACUUAAUGACUCCCUUCAGGAGGUGCCUCUGAGGUGUUUACACCCCUGAUCAUCUUCAGGGAUGGACUGAGCAACCAUCGCUGCCCUCCAGAAGACUCGGGUCAGACCUCAAUCUCUAACAGGUCUUUUUCUAGCAUGCUUGGAAGAUUCCGCUUUCUUCUGACUGAAUUGUUGAUCGUGGUGCCAAAUUUAAGUGGAAAUUCUUUCUGAAGUGAUUUUUUUUUUUUUUUGACUUUUUAUUGUUUGUGUUCCUUGGUGAGCUUUAAUGUCUCUUGCAAGGUUUGAAGGAUGAAUGAAAUAAUUCAGAUGUUUUUUUUUUUUUUGUGUUGCGUCAAUCACACACCUCCAGAAUGUCUUCAAAUUCCUUAAAUAUAUAUUUUUAUAAUAAUGAAAUCGGGUUAUUGAAAGAUUAAGUAUAUUUAUGUGAAUAUAAGCUGAAGCUAUAAAUGUUUACAUGUUGUUGUGGUGCUUUAAAUGUGGAUUUUUGCGUCUGUAAAUGAGAUGAAGAUGAACAGAUUUUACACUUUUACCCGAUUGUAUCUUCGUGAACAUGCGCCUGCGUCACGUCACACACUUUACUCAUCGUUUAUCGUUGGUUUGUGCGUGCUUGUGUCCAUUAUCUUCUUGUUUGUGUGCUGUAUUGAUAAAUACAUACUGGAUUGAUUUUGUUGUUUUUUUUUUUUUUUUGUAAAGCUGUGUGUUGGACAUGUGACGCUCGGUGUGUCACGAUAGUCAGUUUUUGUAUCAUUUAUCACAACUUUCCCAUUUUGAUGGACAUCAUUUAAAGCAAGGUUUGUUCUUGACUAGCUGGUUAGCUAGCAUGACUUAACCAUGUCAACACAAAUAUGACAGUUUCUCAAUUUUUGUCUCCCAUGACGAUGUUUUGUUUAUGAUCAUCACGAUACAUCGUACAGCGCAUCCUCGCUGUCCUGAUCGAACCUCCUCUGGUUUGCUGAGAUGUUUUCACGUUUAUUUGUGUGGUUAUUUUCACGUCGUGUGUGUAAACCUUCACUGGGAUUGAAGUGGGAUAUAAUUCAGUAAUGUAAAUAUUGCACUUACCAGAGGACAAAGGUCAGAGGUCAGAGGAGAUGUUUAAUGUCGUCUCAGUCUGCAGAAACAUUCAUGUUUGUCGCAAAUCCAAAUCUCGCACCACUGUGUGUUUAUAUCUGCGAUGUGACCUGUUUUUAAAUAAUAAAUAUUUUAAUUUAAAA